AUGCGGUUCCAAGCUGCGCAGCCGAGUGUGAAACCCUCUGUUCCGAUCCCAUCACCCUGCCAUGUUCAUCGCGCCACUAACACCCUUACGAUCCUCGUCUGGGAAGACGACACUCUCCCUCUCGGCCUGACCUCCAUUACCAUCGGCACCGCGACCACCGCGACCGGAACCACCGUCCCCCUCACUGUUACAGUCUCGCUCAGAGGCAGCGGCACCACGGUCUUAGACAGUCCUCUCAAGAGCGCCACCCUGGUUUCCAGCGUCGUGCAUGAUUCGUCUCUCGCGGCGUUCUCGUCUGCCGAAUGCAUUUUCUACGCCGGCAGUGUAAAUCUCGGGCACGGGGCGUCCGCGUCUAUUGUUGGUAUCGUGGCAUCGGCAUCGACUCAUGACGACGGCUCGAAGGUGACGUUCGAUGAAGUGGUUUGUAUGACUUGCAGCUACUCUUGA